AAUGAUGCAGUGGAAGUCGGUGUGUGCAGUUUAUAGGCUAUUAUUGUAGAGCCGCGACGACAGCGAUAGUGAGCCCGACCGUUUUCACGAUUGAUUGCGCCGUGAAUUGAAUUGAAUGAUUCUCGGAGCGCAAAAUCUUGUGUUCGCGUUUGCGUUACAGCUGAUACUCGCUGAUAGCUGUUGCUCCCCCAUUUUCAGUUUGUUUUAAACUUUCCCGCCGUUAUUAUCAGACUAUCAGUUCGCGGCUCGGCCGAUAAGAAAGAAGUUGGGUCGUGGUCACUUUUUACUGCUCGUGCGUUAUUUCAGUGCGUUGCGUGACAGAAAGUCGAGUGCUUCCGUGCAAGUCAAUAGUGAACGCCAGGCUCAAUUGCUCGCUGAUCGGCGGGAAUCGAUGCACUUUCCGGGGAACAAAUUACCACUAUCUGAUAGUAGUCAAUAAAAGUGUCAUCGUCGGUGGUUACUAUCGCGAAUUAAUUCUUCGGGAUAUGGUGCCAGGAUUGAAGGACUGCCUCCGUGAUUCUUGAUCCUUUUGGUUUUUGGCACACAAACUUUUUCGUUGAUCCUUAUCCUCCCCUAUAUUCUUCGCGGGAAUCCUACAUAUAUUAUAGCGAGCAAACGUGUAAUUAGUUAAAGGUUACCGACGUUAUCGACUUAAAAAUCACGGCCUUCUGGACGACACUCACCAUGACCUUGUCGAAAUCCUUCAGCACUGAAUUCAAAUUUCAACUCCGAUAAUUUGCCUUUGUUAUUUGGUUUAUAACAAAUUUCUGUGGUUUUCAAAUUAUUUCUAGAAUGUGGUUGUGAGAAAAUAUUGGUGUUAGAUUGUGCGAAAAUUAUAAAUUUUUCUUCGUCAUUGAAUUUGCUAAGUACAUUUUGCGUAAAAGCUAGCGCGAGUGUAAUAAAAUUUUGUUAUUCAAUUAAUCUGGUGCAAAUAUACAUUAUCAUUCAGGCUCAGAAAAUACGGAGUUCAGAUAAGCAAUCCAAUCUCAUCUAAGACCAUUUUUUCUAGGGUCACGACAAUUUGGGUCAUUCCAUUUCCCAAGUGACUAUCGCCGAGGAUAAUCACAGUCCCCCUGGAGAACAACCGACCGACACAAUGCCACUGAAACCGAGAUUAAGAAUUGGCAUGAAAACAGGUCUAUCCAUAGACAUGGUGAUAGCCUUAUCUGCUGGUCUUUGGAUCGGGCUCACCGAAUUCGGCGUUGUACCGAACUACAAACAGGGCUUUUACUGCGGCGUCGACAAUAAAAUCGUCUACAAAUUUAAAGGUGAUACUAUUUCAACGCCAAUGAUAGCUAUCAGUGGUUUCAUCCCAAUUAUAAUUAUGUACUGUGUGGAGCUUCUACGCUACGACAGUGAAGUGUCGAAAGCAAUAAAAUCCAAGAAAAUACAUUAUCAAAUAAUGUUAUGGACCCGUGAAUACUUCAUUGGUUUCAUAGUGAAGUUGUUUAUUGUGGAAACGUUGAAGGUGACCAUCGGCGAAUUACGACCACACUUCCUAGACACUUGCAAACCUGAUGCAAUUGUCAAUUGUACACGAGGAGAAUAUAUCAGCGAUUACACCUGUACCAAUAAAAAUGUUGGAAUCUACUUCAUCAGCGACACUACCAGAUCCUUCCCCUCAGGUCAUGCCUCAAUAGGAUUUUAUGAGGGAGUGUUCACGGCUUGGUACCUUUAUCAAAGGUUCCCUAAAAGCAAUAGUGCCUUCCUUGCGCCAUUCCUUGAAUGUCUGUGCCUUACAUGGGGUUUCGUUUGUGGAGCAACACGAGUUAUCGAUCACCGUCAUCACUGGUGGGAUGUUGUAACUGGCGACAUCCUUGGAGGAAUCUUCGCAGUAUUUGCGUGCGCCGUGCUAUGUAAAAAUUUCCUAGUGAAGCCAGCCAUCCCAGAUCAUAUCAAUCAAAACGGACAUGCAAGUGUGAGACGAUUACUUUCUGACACUAGCUGUAAACAGGAAAGCAAUAUCGCUAUGGCCCAAGCGUGAACUUUUUCAGGCACAUCAAAACAUGAUAGAAAAUAAUUGCCAUGGAAAAUACACAAUUUUUUUAGAAACUCCUCUCCAUUCUUAACUUAGUGCUCUAGAGGUUGAGUCUUAUCGCUCUAGAAAGAACCAAACCACCGGCGCUUUUAGGAGACAUCCAGCAUAGCAUAGUGUACGAGUAAUUGUAAAUAGGGUAAUGGAUUGGCUUUAAUUCCGUAGAGUAUUUAUUGUAGAAAGUCUAAUACUUGGUCAGGCAAAGAACAUGAUCAAUUUGUCUUUACUUCUCCCAUUUCCAACAAAGCUUCAGAUUUCGAAAAUAGAUUAAGCAACAAUCCAGUGAUAAGUUUACUUCGAAAAACACAAUCUAUGUUUUAUGAAUUCGUCGACUCAGAUAACACUUUGAAUUUUAUUGCAAGGGAUUAGUCGUGUAAAUUUUGUUUUCUUAUCUCGCAAGGAGAAUUCAAUGAUAUACUUAUCGAUUGCCACAAUCUUUUGAAAAUUCACCCAAAUCUAUUAAAACAAAAGAAGUUGAUAAGGCCCAGACUAAGCUUGUCUUGGCAUUCGAGCCUUCAGAUGCCACCACUUUUCAUGGCAGUUACUUCUGGGAUUCAAUGGCAGUUUUGUACAAAUUUGCAUUCCACGAUCAAUUUUACGAAAAACUUAAUAAGCAGAAAAGUAUCUAGUUCAAUUCUAGUUUGGAAAUUUUAUCAGCGAAAAAAUUUGGAAACUUGAAGUUUUAGAAAACUUUUUCCAGUUGUAAUUGUAACAGUAUUUUUUAAUACAUAAAGUUAUGUUGAAGAUAUUAUUUAUUGAUAUAUGUUAGAAUUAGCUAGUAAACCACCCUUAAGUAUAUACAUGUGUAGUUUAAUUUAAGCUUCUUGCUUGGUAGCGUAAAUUCGCAAUUGUUUAGUUGUACAUAGCAAUACGAGUCGAAAACAAUGUUAUACCCAUUAUUUAUUUAAUUAAAGCUAAAUAAUUUUAUGGCAAUC